UAUUUCUGUCCAGUUUGUUUUGGAAUUUUUGUGUUUUUUAGCUCUGUGCAGCCAUGAAUGCUAAGACACAAAGGCUCCAGGACCAGAUGGAAUAGAUAAUGUCAUGAUAAAAAUUCUUUAUAGAUCUUUUCCAGACGCACUACUUGCUCUUUUCAAUGCGUGUUGGAGAUUCAGACACUUCCCAUUGGGAAUGAAGACAGCAGAGGUAGCACUCUUCCUGAAAAAGAACAAACCUUCUGAAGAACCGCACUCCUACAGACCAGUCAGUCUGCUCCCGGCCCUGAGUAAAGUGUUAGAAAGGCUCAUUUUAGCUCGUCUCAACCACUUCCUAUUUCAAAAGAAACUACAGGAUGCACUGAACUUGCAGUAAAGAAUAUGCUAAAAAUAAUACAUGAAAACAGAGCAAAUGAUCUUCACACUAUGGUAGUCUCUAUUGAUAUUAAAGGAGCAUUUGAUGCAUUAUGGUGGCUGGACAUCUUCAACUGUCUAUCGAAAAUGCAAGCUCCAAUAGAGAUCAUUCAAAUUUUGAGAAGUUACCUUGACAACAGGAAAAUACAAGUUACACUAGAUGACGGCAUCGCAAAGCAUAAUCUGGAAAAGGGUUGCCCGCAGGGCUCGUGCCUGGGGCCCACUCUUUGGAAUAUUGUGGCGGACACAGCCCUCUCCCUUUAUAAUCAACAGGAUGGGAUAAGGAUACAGGCCUUCGCAGAUGACUUUCUGAUUCUAGUGGCAGGCAGGAGUGACGUCCAAAAGCGUACUGAGGAGGCACUAACCACAUUUUACAACUGGGCAAAGGCACAUAAGCUACAAAUAUCUACCUCCAAAACGAAAGUCAUGUUAAUAGGAAGAAAAGGACCAUUAAGACACCCAACGGUACGACUUAACGGACACACCCUACAAUCAGUUGAUAAUCUAAACUAUCUCGGCUUUCUAAUUAAUAAAAGACUCUCCUGGCUCCCGCAUCUAAAGAAUACCAAGAUAAAAAUUUUACAGUUAACACAUUCAAUGCUCAGAACUACAGGAAUCAACUGGGGAGCUAGACCUGAAAUCCUCUCAAGAUGGUAUCGGACAAUAUCCGAAAGGAUUAUGGAGUAGGAGUCUGGGGAGACAAGUUGACGAAACAAACGAGGAACCUGCUGAACAGCAUACAGAGGCUACAACUUCUACUCAUAUGCAAAGCCUAUAGAACAACAUCAACUAUGGCACUGCAAGUUCUCUCUGGCAUUCCUCCCCUGGAUUUGCAAGCGGAGAGAGAGGCAGCAAUCAUCAAAAUCUCUCGGUUGAAAGCCGAUGUUACCCUAUGGAACAGAACCUUCAAAUUUGAAGAUUAUGAACAGAAGAGUCUGUCAAUGAUACACCCAUCUAAAUUAAAUCUGGAAGACACAUUGCGACUUCACUACACAGCUCCAGGUCAUGAAAUGACCACAAUCUUCACAGAUGGGUCGAAGACAGAAUUUGGAACAGGUAGUGCCCUAUGCCUCCUAAAAGAUGAUAGCAUUCAAUUUCAGUGGCAACAACGCCUCAGUCACUACAACUCAGUAUAUCAAGCUGAACUCUUAGCUAUAGAAACAGCAAUAGAAGUGGCUAGGAGCUACACUCCGGAUAGAGUUCACAUUUAUAGUGACUCGGCUUCAAGCCUUGAGGCUAUAAUAGGUAACAAAAGCACCAGCCCGCUGGUACAUGGCAUCCGCCUAAAGUUACUUAGUUUCCCGAUAACACACAGACCUCACUUAAACUGGGUCCCAGCCCAUGUGGGAAUCAGAGGAAAUGAGCUAGCUGAUGCCUUAGCAAAGGAAAUAGCUAAUAAUAGUCAUGCUCCUGAGGUAUCGCACAGACGCCCCAUUUCUCAUCUAAAAAGAGAGACAUUUGCUGUACUCAUGGACAUAUGGCAGAGGAGAUGGUCAACAGCUCAAGUGGGUAGAUUUACUUACAAUUAUAUACCCAAAGUGAAUACCACACUUCACAGCCGACACAGUGCCCUUACUCACUUUCUCACAGGCCAUGGCCCUUUUCCCACUUAUCUUAAGAGAUUUGGCCUGGCCUCACAAGAUCAAUGUGCUUGCGGCAGCAGGGGUGAUGUGGAGCACUUUGUGUUUGAAUGCCAAUACACUAGCAACUGGCUCCUAAGACGCCCUCCAGCUGCACAUAAAGAAUACUGGGCAAAUAAUACACUCCACAGAGGCCCAGUGCUCAAAAAACUUAUCAAAAUAAUGUCUUACUGUGCAGAAAUGUAUAUGUAAUAAGAAGACAGUUAAAGGAACACUCAGUUAAAGGUAUGGGAAAAAGUAUGGUGAACACUAGUGAGUUAGGGAAUAGUUCAUACAGAGAGCAGUUUAGUAAGAACUUUGCAACAAGUAUUGUGAACUUAGAACAAUGAACACAAUAGAACUCAGGUUACCUAGCAAAUAGAAAACAGUGAACUUCGCAUCUAUGGUGAGCUGUGUGUAUUAGCGGAAAAAUAACCAAAUUAGUAACUAACUUAAGUGGUGCACCUCAACAUAAUGUAUACAUAUAUAUCUUCCAAUGUUUAUUAAAUAUUUCAAUGUGUCUAAGUAUUAAUUACCUUAGAUUUGUCUUUUUUAUGAUUAUAUUUAUAUUUCAAUGUUUCUAAGUAUUAUUUACCCUAGAUUUGUCUUUUAUAUGAUUAUAUUUAUAUUUCAAUAUUUUUAAGUAUUAUUUACCCUAGAUUUGUUCUUUAACAUGUAUACUAUUUAACCUUAUGCUCCAAUUAACCAAGAAAUAAAUUUUAGAUUGAAUUUACUCAAGAAAAGUAAAUAUACAAUAUUUUUUUUUUCUUCUUUUUUUUUUUCCCACACAAUGGAAUCAUGUAUCACAACAUCUGGCCUUGUAUGCCCAUGUAAAUAUCUAGACACAAUGUAAAAACACAUCUCCAGGCCUUGUAUGCCCAUGUAAAAACUCAGAAAUAUGUAAAUUUCCAAUGAACUUGGAAAGCGGCCCUGUAUGCCCAUGUAUAAACUUUGGAAUUUCAAUAAAUGGUCUUCUGAGCCGUC